CUUCCUCGGCGGCCCGAAAGUGUCGGCCAGGUCAUCAGAGUCUUCGCCGUCUCUAGCAACCACAAGAUGGCGCUUGCGCGAGGAACCGAAUGACCUCCAGGCAGGUACUUUCUUUCCAUCAGCCUUGUCCACCAUAAACGUCUGAAUUUGUCUGCCUGACCUCAAGACAUGAGUAUGUUCAAGGGGGACGGGAGAUUGCUUACCAGCAGGAGAGAUUCGGCCCGGGAAACGAAGAGAGACAGGAGCUUUAUGGAUAACGUCCGGUAAUAGUACUGGGUCUGACGAUGAAUCGCGGACGCCAUCUUCUACAGAAUCGCGGCCCGAAUCCGCUGCCCCAUGAGCGCGACGUGUACGCCCCGUUCUUGUAUUCCUGCUUUUUCCCCCACUCAGCUUCUGCCCGCUUCUGUCCUUUGUGGGCCGUCUUGCAGCCUUGGUAGAGGAUUCUGGCUGGCCCUCGCCGUCACCGUCAUCGUCAUCGUCAUCAUCGUCAUCGCCAUGGUCAUCGCCAUCCGCAUGGUCCUCGUCCUGGUCCUCAUCCUGGUCCUCGUCCUGGUCCGGCUCAUUUUCAUCGUCCGGCUCAUUUUCCUCAUUAUCAUCUGGGCUAGCUGGACCAUUCCUGUCUUCGCGUGGCCCAUAUGGAUAUGCCCGAGGGGGUGGAGUACCGGGUUCGUCGGGACUGGUUCGAUGCCUCCGGAAAAGCAUGUCCAUCGGUUCGCCUGGCGGACACUGUCGCCACCACAUGCGGACAUGCAGGUCAUCAACGAGAACGAUGAUUUCAGACAGCGGCAAGGGUUCCUCGGGGGAGUCGAGAAGCAAAAGGCUGCCGUACCUGGUGGCGCCCAAGAGAUGACGGUAGCCCAUGGGGCGAGACAAAAAGCGGUCAAUAUUCGUGAGGAGGUUUUCGAGCGUCGGCUCAGUCAACUCCAUCCAGAAAACAGCUUCAUGGGUCUUCCAUUGGACCCGGUCGAGACCGCGGGCGAGCGGGGUGUCUGUACGGUAAGUGGAUGGUCUAUCAAACCAAAGCCGGAUUACACGCGGACCAGCCAAACCUAUGUAUAUGAUAUCAGCACGUUGACUAGCACUAUAAUGCGGACAGUCAGGGUAGGAACAUACUAUCAUUGGAAACAGCCGGUACGGGCGGAGGAGCAGGAACAGCCGGAGGGACAGGGAUACCCAUUGCCAUCAACGUUCUGGAAUGCUUUUUUGCAAUAUCAUUCAAUAAAAAGUCGUAACAUUCCGUAA